AUUUCUUUUUUCACAAAUUUUCUGAAAAGAUUUUUUUUUUUUGGAAUUUUAAAUGGUUAGAUUUAAUUAAAAAAAUGUUGACUGAUUACGAAGAUGAUUUUUUUUAUGAGGAAGAUAAAAUAUCGUUAUGUUUUUUUUUUACAAAAAUUUGUUUCUUUAAUAAAUUUUGUUAAUUAUUAACUUUAAAAUGGAAUGUGACCAUAGUCAACAUUUACGUACGUAUUGUAAAAUGAUGUGGCAUCAUUGCUGCAUUAUGAUUUUUGAGAAUAUCUCGGGGAGCAAAUUUUUAAAAUUUAAACUUAAAAUAAUGAAAAUAUAGCAUACUUAGCUAAAUUUCAGCUCUAAACAUACAAAACUUUUGCAAUAAAUUGAAUACUAAUUGAAAAAUUGUUUCACACUUUUGUUUUGUUUAUACAUAUUCAAUAUGUAUCAAAUAUAAUUAUUUUAAAAUAUAUUCAAUAUUAAUUAAAUAAAAGAAAAUUCAGCAACAUUGAUAAUGUUACCGAGAAUGUAGUUUCAACAAAGGAAAUGGAAAAUCAGAGGUAUGUGAAAGUAAAAUAAUUUUUAAACAUAUAGUGGGAACGCAGAAAUAUAAUUAAUUGGAUGUAUGCCUACAAAAUUAAAUUCAAAAUUUAAAUUAAAAAGAAUCAUUCUGUGUUUUCAUUUAAGUACUGUCUCAAAUGCUUAAUUUGAUUACUUAAACUAUUCAUUUUAAUUAUUAUUAUUAUUAUUAUUAAUUUCUAUUUAAUUUUUUUAUUCAUAUCUACUUACUUUUAGUUAUUGUGUUUAAAAAAAAUUAGUUUUGCUUCUGCUUUUUAAUUGAAAUAACAUUCUAUCUAACUAUUAAUUUUUAUUUGUUUUGAAAUGCUCAAUGCACACUACACACAAUUCCCCCCAUCUAGUACAUCUAAAAAUUCUUCAGAGCCUUUAUUGCCUAUAGAACCAACAGAUAAAUUUACCUUUUUAAAUAUUAACGAAAAUGAAAUAAAUCAAAAAAUUGGCAAUGAAAUAAAAGAAGAAAUUGGUGUAACGGAAAAUCCUCAACUUGAAGUUGAAGAAUUCGGAGAAUACGUUUAUGCGGGAUAUUACUCACAUGAAGAUCGUAAAACAAAUUAUGCUUAUCAAGAAUUUGAAAUGGAGAGAUUGGGCAUGUUAAUAACAUCGGGAACAGUUCACAUAAAAAAGGAUCCCUCAAAUUUAAUUGGUAUUAGUAUAGGGGGUGGCGCGCCACUCUGUCCAUGUUUAUAUAUAGUCCAGAUAUUCGAUGGUACACCAGCCGCCUUAGAGGGAUCUUUGCAAAGUGGAGAUGAAUUGAUUUCCGUUAAUGGUCACACAGUUAAAGGUAAAACAAAAGUAGAAGUUGCUAAAAUGAUAAAAUCCGCUCCUGAAGAAGUUACAAUAAAUUACAACAAAUUACAUGUAAAUACUGAACAAGGAAAAUCACUAGAUAUUUACUUAAAAAAACUAAAACAUCGCUUAGUUGAUUCAAUGUCCAGUAGCACUGCUGACACAUUAGGUCUCUCGAGAGCAAUAUUAUGCAAUGAUUCAUUGGUAAAACGACUUCAAGAACUUGAGGCUACUGAAAAUAUGUAUCGCGGUUUAGUUGAUCAUUGUAAAAGAGUUUUAAAAGCACACUACGAUUUAUUUCAAACAUACCUUGCGUUUGGAAAUACUUUUGCUUCAAUUAGUGUCCAUGAAACUCAACCAAGAGCUUCCGAAGCAUUUCGCUUAUUUGCCGAAUUACAUCGAAAUAUGGAAAAGGAUGGGGUUAAAAUGCUAAAGGCUGUUAAACCCGUUAUAGGGGAUUUAGGUACAUAUCUAAAUAAAGCUAUUCCGGAUACAAAACUUACUGUAAAAAAGUACGCUGAUGCAAAAUUUACCUAUUUAUCGUAUUGUUUAAAAGUUAAAGAAAUGGACGAUGAAGAACAUAGCUAUGCUGCUUUACAAGAGCCACUGUAUCGUGUUGAAACUGGAAAUUAUGAAUAUCGUUUGAUAUUACGUUGCAGACAGGAGUCUAGAACAAAGUUUGCAAGAUUAAGAAACGAUGUUUUAGAAAAAAUGGAACUCCUAGAAAAUAAACAUGCAACAGAUUUAAGUCACCAACUGAAAAGGUUUAUAGAUGGACUAAUACAAUAUCAAGAAGAUGUAUUGGAAAGAUUAAACGCUCUUCCCACUUUAUUUCCAAUCGAAGUAGAUUUAUCUGAAACUGCUUUUCAAUAUAAAACCGGCCAGAAAUUCCAUACGGGUGAUAUAGAUGAUGAUGAUGAUGAUGAAGACGAAAAUGAUACAUGCUCUGGUGUUGCGUCAGCAAUAGAGGCUACAGAGCAAAAUAUGAAAAGUGAUUUAACAGAAUUAACAGCCUGUUCAUCAUCAAUUAUGAGUCCAACUUCAAGUUCCUGUUUAAAAACAGAUACUGUAUCAAGUUCUAGCAUAGAAACAUUGGUGUCUACAAAUAAAAGUUGUUUGGAUGAUCUAUUAUCGGAUUUUCAAGAUAUUAAUUUAAAUUCUUCAAACCCUCAAGACGAAGGAGCUGCCUCGUUAUUAGCACAAGGAGAUGUACAUCAUACUGAAGGGAAAUUAGGAGAGGCUUUAUUAAUCGAAUUAGGUUUAACAGAAAUCAACUUAACAUUGAGUAAUGAGAAAGAAAAAGCAAAUCAGAAUAACGAUAUGCUUAAAUUUGAUUCUGUCGUAGAUCUUCUACAAUAAUAAAUAAUUUAUUUUUAAAAAGUAUUUGUUAAUUUAUAUAGUAUUGUCGAAUGAUUCCUUUGUUCAUUAGGUAGAUUAAUCUAUGUAUUUACAAUAAAUUUUGUUGUCGUGUUUUUUUUUUAUGUAUAAUAAAUGCUAAAUGAAAAGGAAAAUAGCUUUCUUAAAUUUAACUAAAUUUUUAAGAAUUUUAUAGAGCCAGAACAAUUUUGCUAUUGUUUGUUUUACACUGCAAGAGUUAAAAAAAAAUAAGCAAAAAAAGUUAAAUAUUGUAAAAUAACAAACGCUUAAGAAGUAGUUGAAAAAUAAAAGAGACCAAUAUUUUGUUAAAACUUGUAUAUAUUAUGUAUAUUGCAUUAUAAUGUGCAUUUUUUUCAACAUAUGCAUAUUUAACAUUAUGUAUACAGCUUUAUUUAAAGGUUACAUACAUAGUAAUAUAUAGAUAUAUAUAUAUAUAUAUAAUACCGUUGGUUUACAAUAACGUAUAAUUCAGAUAUUAAAAUCUUUAAAUAUAAUAUCAUUUAUGAAACAGCCAUUAAUUUAAGUGCAGUCUACUUUCAUUCAUUUAAGUGCAAACAUGAAACAGUUACUUAUACUUAGUUCACAUUUUUCAAUCUAAAUUUAAGUUUGUACCCAAACUGCCUAAUUGGAAAACUAAUUGGUUAUUCCGAAAUUUCAAUCAUUUCAUUAAUAUAUCUUUCAUAUUUAAUUUAGUUUUUUUCUUGUUUUUGCUUUAAACACAAAGAAAUUUAAAAUUUUCACAAUCAUUUUUCCUGUGCAACUUUUCCUCCUAUUUUUGAGAAGGGUUUUUAAAAUUAACCGCACUCUAUUUAAGUUUAAAAAUAUAAAUUCGCAAACAAAACAGAACCUUUAAGCGCAUCGACUUUAACUCUUACUUUGAUGGAUAAUCCGAGACUGGAACGAAGAAAAACCCCUAGUUCCUUCAACUAUUGUUUGAGAAUAAUAUGACACGCAAAUUUCAUACAUUUUUUCAUCCAAUACUUUUUUAGGCAUAAACAGUAAAUUUUAUUCUUCCACAUGUUUUAAUAAAAAUGCGUAAAACUAAUUUAAUAAUGCAGUUACAUAAAAUAUGCGUGCAUAUGAAAUUAAGCAUUCACUUUAUCUUUUGAGAAAAACAAUAAAAGCCGCACAUAAAUAUCAAAUGCCCAUUAAAAUUUCUCUUUUAUUAUGUUUUCAUUCUCUACAUUUUUGAUAUAUUAUUCUCAAUCGGCGAUUCAACAUGCUAGAUUGAAAUUUAGGAACAAUGUUUUUCUCAUGAAAAUAAAAAAAAAAAACAAAA